AUGUCGAACAGCAAUACUGAACGUUCAAAUUUUCGUGGAAAUCGACCACUUUCUGCCAAUCCACCGCAUUCAAUCUGUUUAACCGAUCGCAAAGUCGUUUCGUUUACACAUCUAUGGACGAUUGAUCAUUUUCAAUCAUAUUUAGAUGACCCUCAAUCACCUCGCGUUCUAUUCAGUUCAUAUUUUUCACCUACAUUUGGUCCUCACACUGACACAAGUUGGUGUCUGAAGCUAUAUCCGAAAGGUGUAAAUGAAAAAUCAGUUGAAUACAUCAGUCUAUUUGUUAAAUACGUUCGCGGUCGUUCCGAUCUACUAGCUAAAGCUGAGUUCUCAUUGAUUAACAGUCGUGGCGAAUUUCAUAUUGUGCGAAAAACGCCUUACCAUGUAUUUCCGACAGGUGGCGAUUGGGGUUAUUCCGAAUAUUUAAUGCGUAUGGUUCUAACAACACAACGCAAAUCUGAACUGUUGAAUUCCGACCAAAGCUUGAAAAUAUUCGCUCGAGUUAUAAUCGUUGGAGAAUCUUCAUCGUCGAUCAUUCAUGAAGAAAAAAAGAAUACUUACGAAAGUUUAAUGUCAUUAUCCACACACUUUGGUUCACUGUUAACAUCGAGAAAAGACAAUUGCUAUGAUGUGACGAUCAUCGUCCGACCAGAACAGUUCAACAACUUGAUCUACGAAUCAAAAUCAUCUGACGUACCAUCAUCAUCAUCAUCAACAUCAGUACCGAAAAGAAACAACAAUCGAAUAAAAAGAAAAAGAUACAGCACAAAUUCAGGUGGAAGUAAUGGAGCAGGCGAAUCAUCAGACGAAACUACAUCAUCAGCAAUAGCUCUCCCAUCAACUUCUACAGCAAUCACCUUCUACGUUCAUCGAAGUAUAUUAAGUGCUCGUAGUCCAGUAUUCGCUGCAAUGUUUUCUCAUUCAAUGUUGGAAGAUCAAAAUUCCACGAUUGAAAUAACCGAUCUACAACCGGAAACAGUGCAAUGUUUACUCGAAUAUAUGUACACUUCCAAUGUUGAAGAUAUUAACGAACACAACGCUAUAGAGAUCUUCAAAGCAGCCGAUAAAUAUCAAUUAGAAUUUCUCAAACAAAAAGCCGAAAUAAUCAUGACCAAUUCGCUCUCCAUAUCGAAUUGCACAAUGCUUUUCAUUGUCGCCGACCUGCACAACGCUCACGAAUUGAAGAAACGUAUUCUAAACUUCAUCAUGCGAAAUAUUCUCCAAGUGGUCGAAACAGACGAUUGGCGAUUAUUAGUCGAACAGCAUCCAGUUUUAGCUACGGAAGCAUUUGUAUAUUCAGCAGAACACGCAGCAUCAUGUGCGUGUUCAUCAUAA